CGCGCCAACCUACCAGACGAGACCAGACGAGGCGGCCAGCCAAGCCAACCAAAUCUUUAUCGUCCCCUGCCAAUCAGCUCCGUCCAUCCAUCUCCCCCCUUCCUAUGGGCGCGGCCGAGCAGCAUCAGCACCCGCCGGCGCCGGAGGGGGAGAAGAAGACUUUGGUGUUCACGUACGGCACGCUGAAGCGGGGCUUCUCCAACCACGGGCUGCUGCAGGACCUUGCGCGCGCGGGGGACGCGGCCUUCGUUGCCGCCGCCUCCACGGCCGCCCCGCUGCCGCUCGUCUGCGGGCCCUACCGCGUCCCCUUCCUCCUCAACCUCCCCGGUGAUGGCCAGCGCGUCAGGGGCGAGCUCUACUCGGUGACCGCCAGGGGCCUCGCCCGGCUGGACGAGCUCGAGGGCGUCUCACGGGGGCACUACGAGCGCCUCCCCAUCUCCAUCGUUGUGGAGGAGCGGGAGGGGGAGGAGGGAAGGGCCGUGGAGGGCGCGGUGGCGUACUACGCGCACCGCGGGUACGCGGCGGAGAUGUGGGCGCGGAGCGGGCGGAGGGGCCACGCCGAGUACUCGCCGGCGGUCGCCGCCGGGUACGUCCGCCGCGUCGACCGGCCCCAGCACCUCACCUUCCUCGACCAGAUCCGCGUCUUCGUAUCCUCCCACUCCUAGCGCGAGAUUGCGACGACGACCGUACGCUCGAGGUUUCAGAUUGGGUCUUGUGUCAUGUUGCUUCUGCGCUUAUCUCAUUGCUGAAAGAUGCGUGCCGUGCCAGAUCGAUAUAUAGGAACACUUAUCAAGGUACCAAUAAUAAUUGUUGGCAUGUGCAUCCA